AGCUCAGUGGCAGACCAACGUUAGCAAGCUUAACCUGAUAGUAUUCUGGAUUUUAAACAGGAGGAGACGAGUCUUCUUCAAGUCUUUAUUUCUGUGUGAGACCAUGGAGUCGAGCCUGAAGUCAACCCCUCACUCGGUGAAGCGGUGGCAGCUUGGUGGGACGGACUAUGAGCCACAGCAGGUCCACAGGCAGCGGUCUGAAACCUGCUUUAGCACCUGGACCCCCCUGAACAACAGGACCAGCAACGUCCAGUUAUUUGAGGAGAGGAGGAACCUUUUGUUGCAUUGGUUUGAUCUGUGGACUGACAGACAGAGGAAACAGCUGUUGUACUCUCUGCUAACACGCUGCUCAAAGACACAGCUCAAGUAUUGUCGGGAUUUGCUGAUUGAGACUGUUCCUGUGACUCAAGUGGACUUCACAGCGGUGCUGCCACGCUUUCUGUCCCUGUAUGUGAUGUCAUUUCUGUCCCCUCGUGACCUCUGCUCUGCCGCACAAGUCAGCUGGCAAUGGAGGGUCCUUGCUGAACAGGAUUGUCUCUGGGCCGACCGCUGCAUCAAGAGAGGCUGGUUUCUCCCCUACACACCUGCAGAAAAAGAAUUUGGAGCAUGGAAGACUCACUACGUUUCCUGCGUCUCCACUCUGGACUGGCUUACUCCUCGGGAAGCAGCUGAGCAGUAUGGGACCCUGAACCAACAAAGCACAGAGGAGGCUGAAGAGAGAAGGAAGGAGAGGAGGAUCAGGCAGAUGAUCAGAGGCAAACUGCAAGAGGAGAAAAGAGAAUCUAUAAGAACCAGGAGAGUGUGGGGCAGCAACGCAAACCCUGAAGGAGCCAGAGGUGGAAGAACCCAAACAGGGAGGUCCAGCCCUGGUAUGACAUCCAGUGAGAGAGUGAACACAGCAAAUGGAGCGCUGUCCUCCUUCACCUGUAAACCUGCAGUGCUACAAGCAGCCACUCCAAUCCAUCGUCCUGCUCCCCCUCUCUUGCUGCUGAUGUCCAACCGAAUUCCAGCCUAUGAGCUGCUGCUGAGCGGUGUGACGGCUGGAGUGAUCGUGGUUCUGUACGACCAUAGAGGGACUCUCUCAGCGCUGUUAACCCAGGCCGAGAGGGCCAUUUCUGGAAAGAGAGUUCAGAGGCUGGGACUACUCGCUCCUGGAGGAGCGGAGGAAAUCCAUCUGCUUGAAGGUUGUAGCCUGUCACAGGCGACUCUUCUGACCCCUGACCACAGAGAAUUCUGGGAAAAACUGUCUGGCUGGGUUGCAUUAACAGAAGAAGGAGGAGGGAUUGAUAUCUUCUCUCCACUGGCUGCAUCUGCGUCAGGUUUGGCUCUCAUGCAGGCUCUGUCUACUCUGACGGGUUUGGAGGUUCGGGCACCUAUGGGUCUUGCCACUGGAAAUUUCCAGAACAUCCUCAGUGAGUGGUCUGACAGCAGUGUGUGCACCAGAUUCUCCAAGGAGCAGCCAGCCGGCCCCGCUCUGCUCUAUGUGUGUGAGAGCGUCCUGCAGGGCUGGUGCAGACAGGCUCAGUGGAUGGAGGAGGCUCUGGGGGAGCUGAGGGGCCGCCUGGGGCCACAGCUACAGCGGGCCAGCCUGCAGGCCAGGGGCCGCGCUCUGGGUCAUUUUCUGUGGGAGGAGAUCUGCCUGGAGGAUCUGUGUGUGUCCAAAGAGCUGAAGGAGGCUCUGACUGAGGGGCUCGUUGCUCUCACAAGACAAGAAGAGACCAAACCUGUGGAGUUUCUUGUCCUCUUCUUGACAAGAUGGAGUGAGGAGAAGGAGAGAGAAGAGCGUAGUGGAGAGGAAAAGUGGAGCUCACAGAGAGGCCUCAGCUCAAUAUCUGAGCUACAAGAGAUGGCAUUAGACUGGAGAGGUACAGUUGCCAGAGAGUUGCACCACAGCGAGUGUGUUUACCUGGGGAGACUGGGCGCAGUGCUGAAGGUCUACAAGGAGCCUCUGACAGCAGCUCUCAACUCCAACAGAGCCAUUCUCAGCUUCACCGACAUCCACAUCGUCCUCAGCCCAGUCGCACACAUACUGGAGCUCAGCAAGGAGUUUCAGAUGGAUUUAGGAGCCAGGCUGCAGCAGUGGGGUGCAGAGCAGUGUGUAGGAGACGUGUUGGUCAAAUUGUGCUCAAAACUGAAAGUCUACACCAACUACCUCAACAACUACACCACUGCCCUCUGCACAAUUGACAAGUGCAGGGAGACAAAGCCUCCAUUCAGGGCUUUCCUGAAGAGAGCAGACAGAACGCUUGCAGCACACAUGCUGAGCCUGCAGGAGCUGCUGCUGUGUCCUGUGUGGAGAAUCCAGGAGUACGUGACUCUACUUCAGGCUCUGUCCGUACACUCACCGCCUGGGCAUCCUGACCACAAACACCUCUCCUCCGCCCUCAACUCCAUGUUACGAUUCAGGGAAUUUAUACAGAAGUUGAAGCGUAACUCGGAGAGAAACAAGCUGAUGGAAGAAACGCAGCAGACGAUCCAGGGCUGCCCGAACCUCAAUGAAGGAAACAGGCAGCUGAUAACGACCCAGGAUGCUGCUUUGCUCAGGAGUCCUGGUGAACAGAUUCCAGACUCUCUCAGGACCUACGAGCAUGUCUCUGAUGUGGGCCUCUUCCUCUUUAAUGAUGCAUUGGUGUUGACGCGAAGAAACGUUCAUCACACACCGUUCUCAUUGGCUCACCAGAGCACACACACUUUCCUGGCCUCAGUGGCUCUGUGCAGUCUGCGAGUCAGAGAGAUCACACACACACGUUAUGUGAGUCAUGCCUUUGUCCUGGAGGGUCCCUGUCGUUCGUGGGUUUGUGCCACAGGAAGAGAAGAAGAGAGAGAGCACUUUCUGUCUGUGCUGCGUUCAUCCAUAAAGUCAGCUCUGAAAGGACAUCAAUGACACCAUCAUGACGACAUCGCCCGCAGGACAAGACAAGGUUUGGUCACCACUGGACACAAAGUUGUUACAUAUAUAUAUUUUUUUUUUUUUUCUUAAACAGGGGAAAUCUCAGAAGGCGAGUAAUGGCUCUUGUUCCAUUCGAGCUCAGUUUAAACGGAGCUUUGAGUAUCUCACUUCAGUAAUUCUGGACACAAUCCUUUGAUCACAAUGACUACUUUGCAACUCAACAUUUAGGAACAUUUUAAUUUCUUAUAUGAGCAAUAUUUGUGAGUUAUGUUGUCACUUUGACAUCAUGUACUUCCUGCUUCCUCAGGCAGGUACGACUUACUUCACUACACUACUCAACAACCUGCGUUGUGGUGAUCUUCAGGUUUUACACGGUUUCUAAACUUUUUGAUUCUCUAGGCAUUGCUCACUCACUCA